AUGACUAUAGCUAAGCCAGUUACUCUUGGAGUGCUUGCUCUUCAAGGUGCAUUUAGGGAACAUAUCAACUACUUCAAAUCAGUCAUCCAACAAAAUGAAGAAAGAUAUUUGAACUAUUCCAUCAAUAUCAUUGCAGUCCGAACUAAGGAAGAGCUCGAUCAGUGCGACUCAUUGGUGAUCCCAGGUGGUGAAAGUAGCUCCAUGUCUUAUAUUGCAGAGAGAACAAAUUUACUUCCGCACUUGUACGAUUUCGUCUCGAACGAGUCAAAGUCCAUCUGGGGUACUUGUGCAGGCUUGAUCUUUCUUGCUAGGGAAAUCGAAAAUGCGGUAGAGAACCAAACAUGCUUGGGCGGUUUGGACAUUCAGGUAAGCAGAAAUGCAUUUGGCAGACAAGUGGACUCGUUUGAGCAAAAAUUGGAUUUCAGCGACUUCAUCCCCGGUUGCGAUAGUUUCCCAACAGUUUUCAUACGAGCUCCAGUGGUGACCAAGAUUUUGUCGAACGGGGAAGGAAGUAAUGGCUUUACUGAACACAAGGUUGUAAGAUCAAAGAAUACUCAUGUCAAUAGAGCGCCAGUUGAGGUAUUGUACAAAUUACACAACUACGACGGGAAAGAGAAUGAGCUUAUUGUGGCUGUAAGGCAAGGCCGUAUAUUGGGUACCUCAUUCCAUCCUGAACUUUCAGAUGAUAACAGGUUCCAUCAAUGGUUUAUAGACGAGUUUGUAUUGUAA